CCGGCUCACCACAACAAACACAGUGGCUCUCAGACUCAUACACACUCGAGGCAAGUCGGAUACUUGGAGACACGUGAUAGUGUAACGGUAUCUCUUGUACUACGCGACACAACGUUCAAUGAAAGCCGGGCAUGUCCCGUAGGAGUUAGUUAACGACCCGGUAGCUAGCUGUAACUUGUCCUUGCUAACAGCUGAAGUUGGAGAACCCUGAGAGCUUACAAGUAACAACAAAAAACACAGGUAACAGGAUUGCACUUGUGAUGUAGUUGUUUCACAGUACUGGCCGCCCAUCUUGACGAAGAGGAGGGGUCUGAGAUCGUUCUCUAAUCGCAGCGAUGGACGAUGACACCCCGACCCUGAAGCCCCGACGCAUCCAAAAUCAAAACGUGGUCCAUCGCCUUGAGAGGCGGAGGAUCUGUUCGGGCCGACCCGGAGCUCACUGGUACAGGGUGCGGUGCUUCCACCAGAACCUUUUCCCCAACUUCACUGUGGUCAACGUGGAGAAGCCCCCCUGCUUCCUCAGGAAGUUCUCGCCAGAUGGACGCUGUUUUAUCGCCUUCUCUUCUGACCAGACGUCUCUGGAGAUAUAUGAAUAUCAAGGCUGCCAAGCGGCCCAGGAUCUGCUGCGAGGUCAAGAGGGAGAAACUCUUCUAACGGCCAAUGACCAGCGUUCCCUCAACAUCCGAGGCCGCCUGUUUGAGCGCUUCUUCUCCUUGCUCCACGUCACUAACGUGGCCUCGAACGGGGAACACCUCAACCGGGAGUGCAGCCUCUUCACAGACGACUGCCGCUAUGUCAUUGUUGGGUCGGCUGUGUACGUCCCAGAGGAGCCGCCUCCUUACUUCUUUGAGGUGUAUCGCAACAACGAAUCGGUGACUCCCAACCCUCGCUCUCCCUUAGAAGACUACUCCCUCCACAUUAUCGACCUCCAUACUGGCAGACUGUGUGACACCAGGUCCUUUAAGUGUGACAAGAUCAUCCUAUCUCACAACCAGGGCCUCUACCUCUACAGGAACAUCCUGGCUGUGCUGUCGGUCCAGCAGCAGACCAUACAUGUGUUUCAGGUCACUCCAGAGGGAACGUUUCUAGAUGUAAGGACGAUUGGGCGGUUCUGUUACGAGGACGACCUCUUGACUCUCUCAGCAGUUUACACUGAGGCCCAGGCCGAGAGUCAGCCGGGCUUCCCCCGCCUCUACACUGACAAAACCAUCAACUCCCUCAAGCACAGGCUACUGGUCUACCUCUGGAGGAGGGCCGAGCAGGACGGCAGCGCCACCGCUAAGAGGAGAUUCUUCCAGUUUUUUGAUCAACUGAGGAGGUUGAGGAUGUGGAAGAUGCAGCUGUUGGAUGAGCAUCACCUCUUCAUUAAAUACACCAGCGAGGAUGUGGUCACACUCAGAGUAACCGAUCCCUCGCAGCCGUCGUUCUUCGUCGUGUACAACAUGGUGUCCACAGAGGUGCUGGCCGUCUUUGAGAACACCUCUGACCAGCUGCUGGAGCUUUUUGAGAAUUUCUGCGACCUGUUCAGAAACGCCACGCUGCACAGCCAGGCCGUCCAGUUCCCCUGCUCCGCUUCCUCCAACAACUAUGCCCGGCAGGUCCAAAGAAGGUUUAAGGACACCAUAGUGAACGCCAAAUACGGCGGGCACACCGAGGCGGUGCGUCGGCUGCUGGGUCAGCUGCCCAUCAGCGCCCAGUCCUACAGCAGCAGCCCUUACCUCGACCUCUCCCUCUUCAGUUAUGACGACAAGUGGGUGUCGGUAAUGGAGAGGCCCAAGACCUGCGGAGAUCACCCCAUCAGGUUUUACGCACGGGACUCGGGCCUGCUGAAGUUCAAGAUCCAAGCCGGCCUGCUGGGACGGCCGGUGAAUCACGCCGUGCGCCGCCUGGUCGCCUUCACCUUCCACCCCUUUGAGCCCUUUGCCAUCUCCGUGCAGCGCACAAACGCCGAGUACGUGGUCAACUUCCACAUGAGGCACGUCUGCGCAUGAGGAGCUUGUGUUUGUGUGCAGACAAACGCCACACACACACAUACACAUUCUUUUUUUCUACCGUGCACCGAAAAGCUGCACAUUCAUAUCAGAAUUGCUUGUCCAGUUGGUCCAGGACCAGCCGUCCAGCAAACUUUCUUUUUUCUCACAUGGAUGGGGAAAGAGUUAAUUUUUUAUUAUAUUGUUUUUACACGCUUUUACGUAUUACCACUUGUAUAUAUUUUAUGCCAAUAAAACUGUCUACAUUUUG